AUGGCGUUCCGCACUCACGCUGCCUUCGCCUUCGCUGCUCGUGGACCACAGCGACGAUCCCGCCAAGCGCUGCAUCACCACGCCGUCAAUCGUUGUACCACUGUAGCCUCGAUCCUCAAGCUUCACUCCCUUGGGCUCAACCCCAUCCCUUCAGGCAAGCUCGGCCCUGCCGCAUUCCCCUCCUUCAAGCUUACCACAAUCCCCUCGGUUAGGACCUUUCUUGGUUGCUGCGGCGGAUGGCUUUCCCUCUUUGUCUGCGUCGACGAUGGUUAUAGUCUGCUCAGCCUCAUCCACCCCGUGAUGGCCGCUGAGAUACUCCUGCCCCCGCUUAUCUACGUCAUGUGUCUUGUCUCCAAGAUGGUCUUUACACCCAACCCCACAACAAACGACUUCCUAGCCGCUGUGAUAUGUGACAUCAAUGGGUUCGCCUGCGUCACCGCCGGGGUCAGGAGGUGGGAUGUCCUUGACCCCAUCCGUCUCGAUGAUGGGGACCAGAUCGCCGACCUCCUCUACCACAUAAAUGAUCUUCCGCCGGAGCUUGUGUGCUGCAUCGCCGAUGGACUCGACGACCUCAAGUGCUACGCGAGUGCGCACAGAACUUGCCCGAUAUGGCGUUCCGCACUCACGCCGCCGUCACCGUCGCUGCUCCUGGACCACAACGACGAUCCAGCGAAGCGCUGCAUCACCACCGCCAUCAAGCAUCAUACCACUGUAGCCUCGAUCCUCACGCUUAGCUCCUCUGAGCUCAACAACAUCCCUUCAGGCAAGACCUGUCUUGGCUGCUCUGGCGGAUGGCUGGCCCUCUCUGUCUGCAUCGACGGUGGUCAUAGUCUGCUUAGCCUCUUCCACCCCAUCAUGGCCGCUAAGAUCCUCCUGUCCCCGCUGAUCUACGACGGCCGCCUCGUCUCCAAGAUGGUCUUUGAACCCAGCCCCACCAGUGACGACUUCCUGGCCGCCAUGAUAUGUGACAUCAAUAGGCUAGCCUACAACACCACUAGGGCCAGGAUGCGGGUCAUCCUCGACCCCAUCCGCCUCGCCGAAGGAGACCAGAUCACCAACUUGCUUUACCAUAGAAAUUGUAUGGUUAAUUGCAUCACUCGGUUUGGAGAUGUCCACGUGCUCCGCCUGCCGCAGCACCACCGCCGGGAACCUAUCAUCCUCGAGGGCCACACAUUAGCACAUCUUGUAGUGCAUAACAAGCGGAUCGUCCAGAUGCACGGGACAUGA